AUGGAACGCUUAACGUUAGUGUCUACCAUAUUAUUUCUUAUUGCUGAUAUAUUUGCUAUCAUUAGUAUUUAUAAACCAUACUGGAUUCUAUCAGUUAAACAUGUGGUAUUAUUAUGUUGCUCAGCUGUCAUAUAUCCAAUGGGAUUUGAUUCAGAACUCAUUGGAGGUGCUCCAUUUCAACUCCCCAGCGAUUAUCGUAUAGGUUAUUGUUACAUAUUUUUUAUUUUAUCAGCAUGGCUAACAGUAUUAUCAGAAUUAAUUGCGGGAAAAAUGUGUUUUCCUAGAUUUACCUAA